AUGCCGGCCGAUGCUCGAGCGCAGCUCCUUCCCAGCGGCACCGAGGUGGCGGUGGAGAAAUGCUUCCCCUUGGACGAUGCCCCUGCGCGGUCGGCGGAUUGCAUUAGCUGGGGUCCGCACAACGUCUUGCAGGUGUGCACACGCUGGGCCGUUUCGAUGUACCUGGCGAACCUGCUCACCCCUGCGUGCCAGCGAAGCGUUCGCCAUCAUCCGCUAGCUCACCGAAGCGACGGAGAAUCUGUCGAGGUGGUCGUUGGCGCCAAGUGGAGCACCACCUUACUGCCAGAGGUGUACUAUCCGGCCACCGCUCGUCUGUGUGUGCAAACAACCAGUAAUCUGGUGGUGUAUCGCGUUUCUCGCCAUGGGGCGAACCGCGUGGUGGCGAGUCACGGAAUCGGUAUUGCGUGCUCUUGCGGAGGGCUUGCCCGACUCUCCGCCCACAGUGACGGCAUCGUCGCCGAAGCUUCACCCAGUGAAAGGCCUCUCUCUUGCUUCCUCGCAGCUGAACGGCCCCCCAUCGGGAAGCGCCACAGAGGCGCCGCAAAAUCUUCCGUGAAGGUGACGUCAAAGCCAAAGACGAAGCCCGCGACGAAAAAGACAUUUGCCGCAGCUAGACAGAAGGGAAGACAAGGGAGCUGCAGCACAGCGAAUAGCAGCGGUGAUGACGAGAGCGCCAGCAGCAGCCGCAGUGACGCAAGCUCAUCAUCAGGGAGCCGGCCUUUACCGUCGCGUUUUGCUUCCCGGUCCAGGGCGUCGGCUACUGGUGCCGGCAAGGGCGGCAGCUCGCAUGAGAGCGCGAUGCCGACGCUUGUGAGUGCAGGUAACCCAGAUCGCGCACACGCUGAAACUAACCCAGUAGAGGCCGACAGCGCCUCGCCGGAGAACGACGACGUCGGCUCUGUGGUGGACUACACGUGGCUCGACCAGGAUGAUCUGCUUGUUCUCACCAUCCAGGGCCUUCACCUAGUGGCGCUCGCUGGGAACUUGUCAGACAAUGAUGGACCCGUGACGCGCUCCCUGCCGCCGCCCCUGUAUAGGUGGGGAGGCGAGGAUGAAGUGGCGCAGCUCGGGUUUCGAGGGCCUGCUCCGCUAUGCAUGACACCCCUCUUUACAGACGGGCUUGCCGCCUCGACCGCGACCGCCGCUGCUCUCGCGCGGCUGCGGCGCAUAGUAGUGAUCGCUAGCCCGUACAUGCUACGUGUCAUUCAUGUGACGCGCUCGUCACCGGCAAACGCGACUGCCGUAAUGCACCUCGCUUACACGGUGGAGGUGCCGUCGUUGACGUCGGUGCCGACAUCCGUCUGCGCUGCGGCCGUGCGGCACACAGGGCAGACGGCGACGCGAGCGGCAGACCUGCCCCCAGAGCCCGAAGUCGACGUGGUGGUAUUCGUGUCCGCGCCGUGCGCGGUGCUACGGGGACGCUUUGCACUGGCAGCGCUGUCGUCGUCUUCUGAAUCUGCGCUGCCAUCUCCCUGCCGCCGCAUUGUCUUUCACGUCGACGCGCACUACGGCUCCGACAUCCUCGUGGGUGAGGUGUGCCUGCGCCGGCUGAUGGCGGUCCCGUUUGUGGCCGAUUCAAGGGUCGCAGGUGCCGAUGUCGGCGGUGAAGGUGAUCGAAUCAACUCGUCGAGCACCGAGCUCGACGAUGCAGCCGUCGCGGUCCUUGGCAUCGGCGAAAAGUCCGUGUACGAGUUUCUCGCCUGCGGUCCGUCCUCGGCGGUGCUGCUCCAGUGCCCUUUGCUGGCGGGCUGUAGCGAGAUGCCACCACGCAGGUGUGCCGGGAUUGCGGGCGUAGCGCUGCACCCGUCUGGUACGCUGGCGGUGGCGGCUGUGCAAACAGGGCAAGCAAACCAUGAGCCAACGCACCUGUGGCCCGUCUCGGUGGACACGCGCGGUGGGUGGCUAAGAAGACUGGUGGAGCUGGGCGCUCUCGUGCCUGACGCGGUAACUGGCAAGCCGCACGAAGACAGCGCUUUCGGAGGCGCCGUCGAACCAUACGAGUCCUCGGGGAGCAUAGUGCGAUCUAUGCUGCUGCAGCAGGCAAGCACGUCUUUCUUUCUGUAUGAACAACUUCUGCCGGGGUCUGUGGCGCAGUCCAGCGAGAUUCACCGGUAUGCGCAGGUGCACCAGCAAGCACGCCAGCUGCCGACCACAGAGAUGCUGCACGAUUAUCGGCGAUCUAUGAUACCCGGCUGCGUCGCAUCCUCGCGAAUCCCUUCGCUAGCAGACGUGCCCGCGCGCCGCCGAUACCUGCACUUACGAGCACAGUACGGGGUAGACCUUUUCUUACGGUGGCCUUUACGGUUGUCCACGGCUGCCGGCGAUGCAGCGAGCGGCGUGCCAUCCGUCUUUGCGUCGCCACCUUCUAUGGACGCAAUGCAGGCCUCGUGGCCGUGGUGGCGGCUGCUGCAGCACAUAUGGGCAAUCUGUCCGUGGGAUAGGCCGGUGCUCAGCGAGCUUGUCCUCUCGAACGCUGUACAAAUCCUCGCCAAGCGCUAUUGCUACGCGAACAUGACGCUGGAGGGCUCAGAGAGUCUCCGCGACUGUGCAGUGACCGUGGCGGAAUCGGCGCGCUGCUCGACGAAGCCAGACGCACUUGACGUUGACGGCGCUAUCGCCUUUAUGGAGGCCUACAUGAAGGCACAGAAGAUUGCCGUGCGCAAGGCCAACGGCAGCACACAAGCAGCAUCUUCCUCAAGCCUUGGCCUCAUCACUGCUGCCGAUUGCGCUGAGCCUGCAGGACCGGGUGGAGACAACGAGAGGCUGCCCCGCAAGGCUGCGAGAGAUGCCCCGCAACUGGCGGCGCAGGUGCACUGGUGCGUGUCGCCGUCAUGGGUGACCUCAUUGGAGGCUUUUUUAGAAGCCACCGCGUACAGCCACCGACGGAGCGCUGGCGUCUCGUCAGCCGUAGGCGGCAAUGCUUCGGAGACCUCAUCGUUGCACUUGUUCCCCUGCUCUCUCUGUGAUCGUCCCACUUGUGUACCUUUGUUGCUGGGUCUCUCGAGCACAUCAACGCACGUUCCAGCCGGUGACGAUCCCGAAGUGAAGCGGGACGCAUCUGUUACGGCUCCCGCGUCGCACACCACCCUCUUCUCCGGUAGCACGCUUAGUCCUCUCUCCUUUUUCUCCGAGGACUACGUGCUAACACGGUGUCUCGCGUGCGGACUGAGUGACUUUGCAGACGGGCCGCGGUGCCGCGUGUGCGGCGGGAUGCUGGAGUGA